CAGCAGCCCCUCCCACACCUAAUCGGUGCUUUACGGGCACGCCCACUCCGGUCGCAUGCUGUAACCCGUAUCCCGGAAGUUGUAGAGGAGGGAUGGAACGCAGAGUGUUAGCGGCUGGGAGUGUGACCAGGGGCCUCCUAGGGCUGGCUGUGGGGGCUGGGCUGUGUUACUGUGCCUACAGAGCCCUAGCCAGCAAGGAGAAGAAGAAGAAUGUGACAGGAGGAAGGUUACUGGAGAAAGUGUCCAACAUGACUGCAGUGCAGAGAGUGCAGUCAGGAGGUACAGUCCAGAUAAAAAACAUCCCGACAUCAGCAAGUAACUUGGAACCACACCAUCUGAAAGCGCUCCUUGAAAUGCUUGACAGCAACGCUAAUGAUUCUUCAGUUCAAGAGCAAGCCUUGGUUACACUCUGUAACAGUGCAGCUUUCUCAGCUAAUCAUGAUAUAAUUCGAAAUUUCAAUGGCAUUAAGAUAAUCGGAACGUUCCUUUUGCAUCCAAGUCUAAAAAUAAAGACAAAAGCAUUGAAUGCACUCAACAAUUUAAGUAUGAACUUGCAAAAUCAGGAGCAGAUAAAGGAUUUCCUCUAUGAUGUAUGUAAUGAUAUUAAAUCGUCUUCAUUGAAUUCUGAAGUUCAACUGGCUGGUUUAAGAUUGGCAAUUAAUAUGUCAGUCACCAAUAACUACCAUGACUACCUGGCAGAUUACAUCCCCUGCUUUUUCACUCUACUGGUGGAUGGAGAGGAGGCUACCAAGAUUCAUACGUUAAAGGUUCUUGUGAAUUUAUCAGCAAACCCUUCAAUGACUACAGUUCUCUUAUCAAGCGAGGCACCAUCAUCACUGACCAAUCUCUUUGGCAGCAAUACGAAUAGGGAAAUUCUUAUCAGAGCUCUGACAUUUGCUGCAAAUCUUUCAGAGAACUUGGACAGACAACAGCAUAGUGAUGGACAACGUCAUUAUGAAGACUAUUCUUUAUAUGCCCUUCUCUUCAGAGACCAGACCGUGUUCCAGAGAAAUCUGGUAGCAUUAUUACAGCAUCCAGAUAAAGACAUCAAAGAACAUGUGGCUAGACUUUUAUGCCCUCAAAAACUCAACCUUGCUAUAUAAUCAGCCAGAGCAUUUAUUUUGUAAAUAUGUGUGCAUAUCUAUAGCUUGGGUAUGGCCUACCAUGUACAUGACAUUUAGAAAUCACAUUUGGGUAGGGCACACUGGUGUUUUUGUUUUGGGUUGUGCUUGUUUUUUUAAUUUUUAUUAUUUAACAGCUCAUCUACGUCAAUAGGCCAAUCUAUUUUACACCCACUGUUAUCAAAGUAAAUCUGACAGCCUCCGAAUAGUUAAGAUCCAUUCGCAAUGCUUUUAGGUGGUGACUUUGUUUUAAAAAAA